AUGGGCAAGAUCGAUCUUCCGAAAAGAGAAGAUAGUCCUCAUGAUGACUCUCGAGCGACCGAUCUUCUUCAUUACAUAUUCAGUCUCCCAAAUGUAGAAGAGCUUCGGGGACACCCAGACAAGAUCCUUGCCGCCAUCGACGACUACAGCGAGAACUAUAAACUUCUCAUGGUUGUCGGGCAAGAUAAAGGUGGACAUGUAGUGUCGCUCAUUCAGAGAAAUAAGCCAUCCACGAUGGUUGAAGCUGGUGCUUUUGUGGGCUACUCGGCGAUAAUGUUUGGCGACGCUGUUCGCCAAGCAGGAGGCAAGCAAUAUAUCAGCCUUGAAAUCAAUCCCGUUUUCGCUGCGGUUUCUUCGUUAUUGGUAGAAUUAGCAGGGCUAGGUGAUUUUGUGCAGAUCCUGAUUGCUCCCUGCAGUAUCUCGCUCGCGAGAUUCGUCCACGACGAUAUUCUAGUCAAUGGCCACAUUGAUAUGUUGUUUAUCGAUCAUUGGCAAAAGCUUUAUGUCCCGGACCUCUGGGUCGUUGAGCAGCUUGGCCUUUUAAAACCUGGGGUAUCUACUGUUGUGGCCGAUAAUAUUAUCAUACCAGGCGCACCAGAGUAUCUUGAGUGGGUGACAGCCAGUCCAGCAGAGAAGCGAGACAAACUUAAGGCAUUGGAGAGGCCAGAAACGAUCGGUUCUGAAAGGCUUAUUGAACUUAUCAAGAAGAAUGGAUAUCGUUCUGAAGGUGUUAAGCUCGAUAACGUUCUUGGCAACCCAAAUUUGAUAUACGAAACAGAGUGUCACAAGUAUCCAUUACUAGGCAAAGAGGACGCUCUUGCAGUUACAAAAGUAGUUGGUGUAGAGAAGUAG